AUGGUAAAUAAUACAGUGUUUGCUGGUUAUCAUGUGAAAAUCAGUUGUGACGUCAUCAAAAGCGAUGCAGUAGUUGGUAAAACCUGCAAUUUCACUAUAACCCCACGUGACAUGAAUGGUAAACAACUCGGUGUAUCUGCAAUUCCUGUAGAGGUCAUACUAAAUGACCCUGAUAACCGAAAUGUUGUCACCACUACAGAUGACAAUGGCGAUGGGACUUACAUGGCAAAGUACAAACCACAGAGAGAAGGAAAACACCACGCGACUGUCACGUUAUACAGUACGCCGAUAGAGGGCAGCCCAUACAUCAUUGAUGUAAAACCGUCAAAAAAGAUCAAAUGUGACGUAUAUACGAAUGCGAGAGUGGUGAAUAUGGAUUGUACAACAACCAUUCGUUAUCUCGCCGACUGUGAUGACAUGGAAGCCUUACCUGCCUUAGUCCGUGAUCCUGGCAGUCGACCUGUGGAAACUCGCAUCACCACUAAACAUGAGGUGACCUUUCGACCUACUAAGGUAGGACGUCAUGAAAUAGUUUUGAAUAAGUAUGGUGCGCCUGCAGAUUGUAACCCAUAUAUCAUUGAUGUGAUGGAUACAAAGGGGCAGUGGGAAGUAGGGAGAAAUGGAGUGAACAAUGCAGAAUUCAAUCAACCUGUAGGCGUUACUGUUGAUAAGAAGGGCAAUGUUCUGGUAGCAGACUUUGGUAACAAAAGGAUACAGAUACUUGACAGCAAUGGGAAAUACAUUGAUCAGAUACUGCUUGAUUCAGAGCGCCCCACUGGUGUUGCUAUGGCACCCAAUGGGAAUAUUGUCGUGGUAGUAUUUUACACUAAACGUGUCCAUAUAUACAGCGAAAAUAGAGAAAAGAUAAAACAGUUCACAUAUAAAGAAUUUGUCAAACCUUAUGGCGUAACUGUCAACAGUAAAGGACAUAUAUUGGUAGCUGAUCCUAAGGCACAUUACAUCUUUGUGUUUACAUCUGAUGGAGAUUUCGUAAUGAAGAUUGGGAAGGAAGAAGGUGAAGGUAAACUGAAUCACCCCGCCUUCGUUGCUGCUGGUAGGAAUGAUGACGUCAUUGUGUCUGACAGUCGCCACGGACUGGCAGUAUUCACUGAGCGUGGACAGUUUAUAC